AGUCACAUGAUGCACUGCGCUGGCUAACGAGCUAACGCGUUAGCUUGGCUUGUCAAAGCCGUAGUCAGAAAUCACGUACAGGACUGAAUUUUUUAACCUGUUGAACAGACAACCCGUCACAGAGGCGAGAACCUCUCGGAAGGGCAUUGUAGAAAGCCACUUCUUUCCUACUCGCUCUCCUCCAGAUAUCAAGUCAUUAAAACCUCGGCACAAUAAGUCAGUGGGCUUUGGGCGUCCCAUAAGACCCACCAGGGAAAGCCGGUCCUCCAUCAGCGCAGAGGAAUCGACAGACUCAAGCUGUGGACUGGCAUGGGCGAGAUGGAUAGGCAGUAAUUGGGACAUCCACUUCAGAGGUAAGGUACACGUUGAUUUCGUAAUGACAAGCUGCUGUGCAGAAGAUGUCCACGCUGUCUGUGACUGAUAUCCCAGAUGUUGGUCAUGUUGAGAGUAAGGUGUUUGACGGGGCCUCUGAGCUGCAGCUGGACUGCUUGGCUGAGGAGAGUGGUGGAAACACCACAAUGAAGCCCGACGGCCUGCUGUCACUGACCGACCUCUCCCAGCCAGAUGACUUCCCAGUCGCCUCCCACAAUGGUCCGUCGCUUGCCGACAUGAGCAGCACUCUGCCGGUGGAACCAAGUGACAUCAAACUGGAUCCAUGUGCAGGUGACGCGUCUGGUAGCAUAGAUGGGCAGCCGGUGAAGAGAAAAAAGGGUCCUGCUCCGAAGAUGCUGGGCAAUGAGGUGUGCAGCGUCUGCGGCGACAAGGCCUCUGGUUUCCACUACAAUGUAUUGAGCUGUGAGGGCUGCAAGGGAUUCUUCCGCCGCAGUGUCAUCAAAAGCGCCCAGUACUCCUGCAAGAACAACGGCCGCUGCGAAAUGGACAUGUACAUGCGCCGCAAGUGCCAGCAGUGCCGCCUGCGCAAAUGUCGGGAGGCGGGCAUGCUGGAGCAGUGCGUGCUUUCUGAGGAACAAAUCCGAUUAAAAAAGCUGAAGAAGCAGCAGGAGGAGGAAACUGCACGCACGUCCACAGUGGUCACACCGACCCCUCUGCAGGAAGCAGCCACCCUCGACCCACAGCAGCAGGAGAUGAUCGAGAAGCUGGUGGCCAUGCAGAAACAAUGCAACAAGAGAUCUUUCCUUGACCGACCAAAAGUUACGCCUUGGCCCCAGAGUCAAGACUUACAAAACCGAGAAGUGCGACAGCAGCGGUUCGCCCACUUUACAGAGCUUGCCAUAAUGUCCGUUCAGGAGAUUGUGGAUUUUGCAAAGCAGCUUCCUGGCUUCCUGGAGUUGACAAGAGAAGACCAGAUUGCUCUACUAAAAACCUCCACCAUUGAGAUUAUGCUGUUAGAGACGUCCCGGAGAUACAAUCCAGCCAUUGAAAGCAUUACUUUUCUGAAGGAUUUCAGCUAUAAUAAGGAUGAUUUUGCCAAAGCAGGGCUUCAGUUUGAGUUCAUUAACCCCAUAUUCGAGUUUUCAAAAGGAAUGAACGACCUGCACCUCGAUGAGGCUGAAUACGCUCUGCUCAUUGCUAUUAACAUCUUUUCUGCAGAUCGGCCAAAUGUGCAGGAUCACGAUCUGGUUGAGAGGCUACAGCAGCCCUAUGUGGAUGCUCUGCGCUCUUACAUCAUGAUAAAGAGACCAAAUGAUCACCUGAUGUUCCCCCGUAUGCUGAUGAAACUAGUGAGCCUCCGCACAUUGAGCAGUGUCCACUCGGAGCAGGUUUUUGCUCUCCGCCUCCAGGACAAAAAGCUUCCCCCGCUGCUGUCUGAAAUCUGGGAUGUCAAUGAGUGACUGCGGUCCAGGUGUCUCAUUCUGUGGCUUAUGGACCCUGAGAGGGACAUGGCUUCUGUGAAAAGACAGCCAACUCUUCUCUUCUGCUGCGGUCAGGGACUGGAUAUUGCCUUGAGAUUUUUUGUUUUACCCUGAAGGGAGUAGAGUGCUCUAACCCUGUGCUCCCUAAAAGACUGUUAAGCAGCGUUGUGUGAAGUGGAGGAAACAUUUCUUUUUUUUCUUCAUUGUAGAUGCUCUAAUGAUUGUGGUUAAGUUUCGGCGUUAACACUUUUCUUUGAUUCAGUCUUUGCUGAAAGUUAAAGUCGGUCACUUUCGUGAUUCUGUACUUUUCUUCUACUAAUUAAAAUCGGAAAGCACUGAGCAGGUCUUGGCUGUUACUGUCUUAAAAAUUACAAUGUCUCAUUAAGAGGAAAAGAUUAUUUCUGUAGCUGUGCAGAGGCAGAGAUGCUUUUCUGCCUGCAUUUUGUCCUUAUUCAUGUAUGGUAACAACUAGUUUGCAUUUCCUUCAGAGUAAAUUCAAAGGUCUUAUGGUUGCACUCAUUGCUCAGGAAAAGUAAUGUGAAGCAGACCUCUGAGAAGUAGAGGGUUCUUUAAUUUUAAGUAAGUGAUUUGUUUUUUCAUGAAAGAAAUACCUUUUUUCAUCAGAAAUACCAUAAAAAAUUGUUUUAUUAAAUUUCAGUUAAAAUUUUGCAACUGCUUUUAUUUAACAACACACUGAAAAAGAAAAUGCAGUUAUAAAACUAAUUUAUAAUUACAUUAAAAUGUCUAUUACAUAAGCAUUCUUGAACUUGAUACCUGUAUCUAUAUUGAGAACCUUCAAUAAAAAGGCACCAAAAUUCAGCAAAGAGCAAAGACAUUAGAAUGUAAGUUGCAUUGGACUUUAUCAUUACUGGGCUCUGGUUUCGUUGGCUGUUCUCCAUGAAUUGCCUGUCAGUGUGAAGUUGAAAUCUUGGAUAAUCAAAAACAUAAGUGUGAAAUUUGUGGAGUUUAUUUUUCAGCGUCCUCUUUAGACAACAUAAAUGUGAAUGAUUGAAUAUUGUGGGUUAAUUAGCUCUGGGCUAUUUCCCAUCUUCAGAUGUUUAUAGUUGCGUUGCUAAUUUAAAAGCCACUUGAAGAAAAUCCCAAACCCACCAUCUGUGAACUGAUUUAUAUGGCAUGCAAACAAAGCUAGACUGGGUGAGGACAAGCAUAAAUGUAAAAACAAAGAGUCUGUUUGCCCUGGUAUUUUUCUGACCACAUGUUGCUUCAGACAUUUUGCUUUUUUCCUCAAAAUAUAACUGUUAUUUUUGUGAUUUUUACAACAUUUUAACUCUUUGAAAAUUAUAUUUUCAGAAAGAGAUCUAUUGUUGAGAGUGCACACAAUAUUCUUUUGGUUUGAACAUUUUGCUUUUGUGUUCCUUUGCAACAGAAUUUGUGAGAUUGUUUCUCAACGUUUGAGUUUGAUACAGACAGCCAAACACUAAUUUCUGUGUAAGGGAUCCUGGGUGCCCCAAUCAAAUAUCCAACCCACUGACAGGAGAAAAAGAUGAAAUUGAAACUAUCAUGGCUGAGUGUGCUGUAGUGUAAUCAACUCAAAACAAUUAUUGUGUGUGAGUACAUGUUAAUGCUCUAGCUAUCAAAGUUAAUUUUACUGUAUAUACUGCAAUUUUAACAUUUGAUCUAAUUCCUGUCUUCAAAGGGUGACUGUAAACAUUGAUAUAUAGAAAUGCAAAACUAUUUUAAUACUUGUAACUUCUAAAGACAACCUGUUUUGUAUGUACAGUAUAAAUUAAAGCUCUGCUGUAGUGUUAA